UUUAUUCAGCGCGCCCCCUAUGUCUUUUUUAUGGUCAACACCUGAAUUGUUUGAGAGCUGAUUGAAUGUUCCUUUUUCGUUUUUUAUACCUUUCUUCCGCCUUCGCGACUGCCAACGCAGCUCGGGCUGUGGGAGGAGAAGAUGCCAUUCCAACUUGGCUCUUCGCCGUCUCGGCUACAUGUGGCAUCUGGUACUGUUUUAUCCUUGCCGUACAAGCAAUCGGACUCACCCAAUUGUACAGUAACACCAUUGAUAUCUUGUCUUGACCUUUACUUAUUUAAGCCCAGAUUCCGUCGCUAUUCAUCCAAGCCUAAGCCUGCUGUCUCUCCUACACUGAAGGUCGAAGACAUACCCCAUGUUACAAUUAUUCGGCCUGUUAAAGGACUAGAGCCCCAACUCUACGAAUGCCUUGCUGCCACUUUUCAACAGCUAUAUCCUUCCGAAAGGUUGACCAUACACUUUUGUAUAUCUUCGAGGGAUGAUCCAGCUUUCCCAGUACUCCAACGACUGCUAGUAGACUUCCCAGCAUUUGAUGCGAGGAUAUUUGUGGAAGAAGAGGAUCCAGUUCUCAGUGGCAAUGGAGGAAGCAGCAACCUUGGACCAAACCCCAAGAUUCGAAACAUGAGUCGCGGCUAUAGGGAGGCCAAAGGGGAUAUAAUAUGGGCUUUGGACUGCAAUAUUUGGAUUGGGAAAGGCGUUGCUGGAAGAAUGGUCGAUAAGCUCUGUGGAUACGGACCAGACGGGUCAAGGACCAUCCCUUACAAAUUUGUUCACCAAUUGCCACUUGUAGUCGAUAGCGUAGGAGCAAGUGUUGGAGAGGAAAGGAGAGGCCUGCUUGGAGGUUAUGGAACAAAUUCAGCAGUCACCACUGACAACCACGAUUACGACGAAUCAUCUCUGAACACAAUCUUUCGAACUGGUGGAGGACGCCUUGAAGAGAUGUUCAUGGCAGGUUCCCAUGCCAAAUUCUACACAGCUAUCAAUACAGUCUCUGUAGCUCCAUGCAUCGUUGGUAAGUCGAACAUGUUUCGUAAAUCUCACCUCGACUAUCUCACUUCAUCCUCAACCGACUACGCACCUGGAAUCGAUUUCUUCUCUGAAAACAUCUGCGAAGACCAUCUCAUUGGGGAUCUUCUCUGGAGAAAAAAGGUCAAGGAGGAAGAGGAAGGUAUCAAAUUCUACAAACACGGACUUGUGUUCGGCGAUCUUGCUAUUCAGCCAAUGGCUGGCAUGUCGGUACGGCAAUAUAUCGCUCGCAGAGUGCGGUGGCUACGCGUUAGAAAGUGGACUGUGACUUUGGCAACCUUUGUAGAGCCUGGCGUUGAACCUCUAUUAUGUUCGGCAUACGGAGCUUUUGCAUUUACAACCCUACCUUGGUGUUACAAGAACCUCGCUGCUCCCAAUACAUGGCCCGCAUUCUUUCUAUUCUGGCUUAGUAGUCUACUUGCCUGGAUGACUCUGGACUUUUUCGCAUAUCGAAAGCUUCAUUCCGGCUCUUCUGUCGAACUAGAUUACGAAACCCCAUCCUUCGCACGGCCUGCAACACCAAGAAGACCACUUGGUGAAUGGGUUCUUGCCUGGUUUGGGCGGGAGUUUCUUGCUCUUCCUAUCUGGACUUGGGCUUGUUUUGGCGGAACGACUGUCAAGUGGCGCGGAAAGAAGUUUCAUGUUGGUCUCGAUAUGAAAGUUGUUGAGAUUAAGGAGAAGGGGAGUAGAACUGUGCUGGCGACGGCGUCCCCGACUAAUAGCAUGAGAUCGCGGAGUAAGGAUAGACAAGAUUAACGACCUCGAUACCCUAAAUAGAUUGAAAUACACCUAAUGUUUAAUUCUCACAUUUGU